AUGUGUAUCUGUCUCUGUCUUGUCUCCUUUAACUCAGGUGCCUUGUCCUACGCUGAGCUGGGAACCAGUUUCAAAAAGUCUGGUGCUCAUUAUACAUAUAUCCUUGAGACACUUGGGCCACUUCCUGCUUUCCUGAGGCUUUGGUCUGAGUUCAUUUUUAUCAGACCUGCAGUGACCGCGUAUAUUGCCCUGGCUUUCGGACACUACGUCGUAGAGCCGUUUUUCACGCCGUGCCCAGCUCCUCUGCCAUUAGUCAAAUUAACCAGUUUUCUUGCAAUGACAUUUUUGGUGGCAGUGAACUGCUGGAGUGUAUCGCUGGCCUCUCGUACACAAGUCAUCCUCCUGAUCGUUAAGAUCUCUGCUCUGGUUCUGAUCAUCAUCCCAGGAAUUAUGGCCCUGUCCAAAGGUCAAACUGAAAACUUUGAGAAUGCUUUUAAUUCAGAGUCACUCACAUUGAAAAAGCUGCCUUUAGCCUUCUACUCAGGACUUUAUGCUUAUUCUGGAUGGUUUGCAUUAAACUUUGUGACAGAGGAGGUAAUCAAUCCCAAAAGAAACAUUCCACUGGCCAUCAUUCUGUCCAUGGUCACAGUUACUAUAUUAUACGUGCUGGUGAAUGUAGCCUAUUACACUAUGAUGACCGAAGACGAGCUGUUGAGAUCCGACGCCGUAGCAGUAACUUUCACCAGUAAAGCCCUGCCCAGGAUGGCAUCACUGGUGCCCUUACUGGUAGCCAUGUCCUGUCUUGGAGCCAUGAACGGUGGGAUCUUUGCAGUACCUAGAAUGUUAUUGGUGGCUGCCAGAGAGGGACAAUGGCCAGUUCUGUUUUCCAUGAUACACAUACGCAGAAAGACACCGAUGCCUGCUGUACUGUUGCUGUCCCCUCUAACUGUGAUCAUGGUGGCAAAAGGAGAAAUUUAUCAGUUGAUCAACUUCGCUUCCUUCUCACGCUGGCUCUUCGUUGCCUUGGUUACGCUGGGGCUCGUCGUCCAUCGCUAUCGAUUCCCAGACCAUCCAAAAGCUUUUAAGGUUCCUCUGGCUGUUCCUGUCAUCUUCACAGUGGUGUGCUUCUUCAUUGUGGGUCUGUCUCUGUAUUCAGACCCCUGGAACACAGGUUGCAGUUUGGGUGUUACAUUCACUGGGAUCCCAGUGUACUACCUGACCGUGAAACACUCAUAUGUUCCGACCCGUUGGAGAAAAGCCUUUGAUUACUGCAGUAGACAACUUCAGAUCUUACUGGAAGUAAUACAGCAAGAAGUUCAGACCUACUGAAAGAACACUAAACGCUUCGGCUCCGUAGUCCGCAUUAGGAUCUCCUUGAUUCGUC